GUCAUCCGAGAGCGAGUCUUCCGUAACUCCUACAGAUUGUGCCGACCGCUCGCGUUGCAGCUCUCAGGACAUUUCAGGCGAGAUGUCUCAUGAAUCCGACUCUGGUGGUCUUACAACCCCUUCUACAUCGCUGGGCGAUCUGCCACUCUCGCGAAGUCCCGCAAGACCUGGCGGUGGUCACCGUAAAAACAUUCCUGAGAAACUGGAGAGCCGGUUGCAAGUGAGAAGUGAAAGAUUCUGGUUCGAAGAGGGAAAUGUUAUUUUUGAACUUCCUGGUACCUCAGUAAAGAUUCAGAAAGAAGCGACCACUCAGUACCGCGUUCACUCGUACUUCUUCGUCCGCGAUUCCUCUUCCCUGGCAAAAAGGAUUGGCAAACGCAAGAAUGUAGAAACUCCUGUGCUCCUCGGACAGAAUGGCAACAUCCAAGUCUAUGCCAGCGAUUUUGAGGCUUUCCUUCCUGUCUUGUAUCCCUUGAACUUUGAUACAGGAGACGACGACACACGCCUCGCGCUUAACAAUCUUCGUGUCAAAGCGUCGCCCGUCGACAAGAUCCUCCUCACUAGGGGCUUGCCCAUGGGACGUGAGAACAACGAAUGGCUGGUGGAGGGUCUCGUCACUUUGUGUGGUCAAUUGAAGUUCCCCACCAACGACGAAUGUCAAUCUCUCGGAAUGAACGAUGUUCAUCUUAUUGCCGUUAUACGGGAGAGCAUCCGGACUUGUGAGUGUACUCAGGCUCAAACUGAGGAUAAAACCCGCGAGGCCGAUCGCCGUGCAAAUAUCAUCGAGCUACUACGGGAGCAAGUACCUUCCAUAUUUACCUCCACAUCCCAUACCCAGCCGUCAAUGCUACCGCCCACUGGCACUCUUACCCCAAUUUCUCCAACGGAGACAAAGUCAAAAGUACUGCCUCAAGCUCAACCCCCUCCUUCCGACACUUCACAUCUUCUUCUCGAGCAUCCGCCCCUCGCCCCACCAGCAUGGGGAAUAUCAAAACCCGACCCCUUUUCCUCAAUUGGCGGCGUCCAGCGACCCUCCCCUGAUGGGCGAACGCAGAAUCAUCCAUCAGCCUCAAACGUGGAGUUCAAAGAUCCUGACGACUCGACCAGCCUGCUGACUUCAACUCCCCCGCACUACGAGGAUCCCGCCAAUAUCCGAUCCGAGGGUGUACAGCCAUCAAUCCGUUUUGAAGACACUAUUGGAAUGGGACAAGUCGAACAACCCGAUAUAGAACCUGUGUCAUUCUAUGUUCCGUUAUUCAUGGCCGAUGAUCCACCUACGACCUCCCCGCUCUUCCUCUCGCAGGAACUGAAAGCCCAGGCCGAGGCGGAUGGCCAAUUCAAUCGCGGCCUCCAGUAUUCAGGCUCUGAUUGGCUGCUACCUACCCUAACUGUCAAGGACGAACACCGUCAGUCGACGAGGAGAGGUAGAAAUAAAAGUGCAGGGCAGUGGACAGAAAGUAACUUAGAAGCAUUCGCCCGGCGGAGCAUUGCUAAUAAUGCUCCGAGCACACGAGAAUCCGGGUUUAAUCCUAUCAUAGGUACAGGUCGAGGCAAAGGUCGACGGCGUGGACGUGGAGGAAGGUUUAUUCCUCCUACCAUGCCCCAUGGUAGCAUGAGCGAAGCGGGAGAUCUCUCUUCGAUGUCUAAUAAUCUUGGAUGGAGACCGUGUGAGACUAGCGCGUCGAGUGGGUGGGACUGA